AUGCGACACAGCCUUAACAAUGUGUUCCCUUCUGCUGGAUCUCCUGUAGGAAGUUGGUGUGUUGGUGUCCACUCCCCAAUGUUAUCUACGCAUUGCUCCUCAGCCUACUCUGGAGGCUUCAGUGGUUCAUUAACCACUCAUGGUGGGUCAAGAAGAGUUCCACAAACCACUUCUGGACAAAGAUUUGGAAGUGUGUUUGGUGAUUACAGCCAUGAAGUGGGCCUUUCUGGUUGGAAAAAUGAUGUAGGGUUCCAUAUAAAUGCAAAGGAAACAAUGCAGCUCCUCAAUGAUCGAUUGGCUUCUUACUUGGAGGAGGUGUCAUGCCUGGAAGAGGAAAACAGAGAUUUGGAGAGAAAAAUAAAAGCCUGGUAUGAAAAGCAUACUCCACAAGCUGCACCUGACUACGGCAAGUACUUCAGCACUAUUGAUGAACUCCAAACAAAGAUUGCUGAUGCUAACAUUGAAAAUCCCAGUCUUGUUUUGCUGAUAGACAAUGCCCGUCUGGCAGGAGAAGAUUUGCAAAUCAAAUACAAUAUGGAGUUGAGCCAACGCAACACUGUGGACGCAGAUGUAAGCAGUCUACGCAGGGGUCUUGAUGUUUUUACUUUGGAAAAAUGUGACCUGGAACGUCACUUUGAAGACCUCAAGGAGGAAAUAUUACAUUUGAAGAAGAAUCACGAAGAGGAAGUGACUCGCCUUCGUGCUCAGCUCGGUGCCAGAGUUAAUGUGGAAGUCAAUGCUGCGCCUGCAGUUAACCUCAACAAAGUUUUAACAGAAAUUCGAGAAGAGUAUGAAAAGUUGAUGGAACGGAAUAUAAAUGAUGUGGAGAACUGGUUUAUCAGUCAGAGUGAAGAACUAGAUAGUCAAGUGCUUCACAGAACUGAAAAUUUAGAAUCCAUGAAAAGUGAGACCAUUGAGUUGCGCCAUACAGUGCAAACCCUAGAGAUCGACCUACAAACCCAGCUUAGCACAAAUUGUGCCCUCCAGGACACUUUGACAGAGACAGAGACCAUCUACAGAUCCCAACUCUCCCAGUUACAAGGUUUUAUUGACAGUAUUGAAGACGAGCUUGGGCAGUUUAGAUGGGACUUGGCACGUCAACAUCAUGAGUACAAGAUUCUAAUGGAUGUCAAGACUCGUCUGGAGAUGGAAAUUGCCACUUAUCAACGUCUUCUGGAAGGGGAAGACAUUUAUGUUCCCUCAUCCCAUUACUCAGAAAACAAAGACUCUCGCAGUGGAUUGAAAAUAUUUUCCAUCACAGAAGAGUUUGAAAAUGGUAAAAUUGUGUCAACUUGCGAGCAAAUCCACCAUAUUAAGAGAUGA